CCAGCUGGGCGAUUGAAUUCUGACGAGAACUUUAAUGAUUUGUGCAUUCGCACUCUUUUGUAUUCUGCAAAGGUUACGUUCGGUUUGGCCUGCCCGUUCCGUUGGUCCCCGGUGAGCGAACGACUGUCGCACCUCGUCAUACGCAAUUGUCGUCGGUGAUUGCGUCCCGUUCCUGGAAACCGCUUUGUUGGUCGAAGUUGCGUAUUGCGAGACCCGUGAGCGUGACAAUAAAGUGCAAAAAGUGCGUCAAGCAUGAUGAGUAGAUCGCACGCGGAUUGAAUGACACAGAAAGUUCGCCGCGAACGAAGGACGACCACUUUUUCGGUUCUCUCGUCGACGGGAACAUUCGACAGGCGCUCGACGGUGGUUCCGCUCGGAAGGACAGGCGCCUAUUGAUCCAUCGCCGUCCGGGUUUAGUUAGUCUAGUGCGUCGUGUAUUCGAUGGUGACAUCCGUCGGAUAGCGUUGCAACGCGAUUUGUCCAAUGAACUCGGAGGGACAACUUGUGGAUCUGGACUACGGAGACACAAGCACCAUACGCACAACGGUGGCAGCGAACGGUACCAAACCGAUAGCAACGAUAGUGCCGUUCAUCGACGAAUCUCCCACGGCUCAAGCUCUCCGCGAGCGCAUCAACCAGCACCCGGUUCCGAUCGGACUGAAAGGGACCAAUCUGUCGGUGCACAAGGUGCGGAACGGACGGGUGCUGAGUCUGCAAGAUGCAAUCAUAAACAGUCCCGCCAACAUCACCGCCAACGGCAGCGCCGGCAGCAGUCUGCUCGCGUUCGAAUCGCCGGUGGACGAGAAACAGAGCGUGAACGGUUCGCUUCUGGCGACCCCAGCCUCGACCGUGGCCACCACGGUGGACGGAGACGGUGGCGCCCUCAUCGUGCCCGACGUCAGCUUCGAAGGAAUUACGCUGGACUCCGGCAUCGACCGAGAAUCGCAGCCCCUGCUGGGCUCGCGCGAUCAUGAGAUUACGUACAAUCAGUUCCCCGAUGACCCGCACUUCAGUGACUUAGUCUACUCGGCGGAGAUUGCUAUCGAUGCUGGAAUUUACCCGGAGCGUAUCUAUCAGGGCAGUAGCGGUUCGUACUUCGUGAAGAACCCGGCCAACAAAGUCGUCGCCGUGUUCAAACCGAAGGACGAGGAACCGUACGGCCGUCUGAACCCGAAAUGGACCAAAUGGAUGCACAAACUGUGCUGUCCGUGCUGUUUUGGCCGUGCGUGUCUGAUACCGAAUCAGGGGUACCUCUCCGAAGCCGGAGCUAGUCUAGUGGACCAAAAACUAAACCUUAACAUCGUGCCGAAAACGCGGGUCGUGCGGUUGGUGUCGGAAACGUUCAACUACCCGCGACUGGAUCGGCAAAAGGCACGGAUAAAGAAAACGAUCAAGGAGCGCAUUCCGGCGGCCCGCUUCAACCGGAUGUCGCUCCCACCGAAAACCGGCUCCUUUCAGCUGUUUGUCGACGGCUACAAGGACGCCGACUGUUGGCUGCGGCGCUUCGAGCAGGAACCGCUACCGACCCGGUUGGGCCAAAAGUUUCAACUGCAGUUCGAGCGGCUGGUCGUGCUCGAUUACAUCAUCCGCAACACGGACCGUGGAAAUGAUAACUGGUUGAUAAAGUACGAUCAACCGUCGAUCCUACCGGUGACACCGAAUGGUGGAAGUGUCAACAGCCCGACCGGUGAUGGAACACCAAACGCGGGCUCCAGCUUGAUACCUCGCAGCAGCAGCCGGCUGGAGAUGAUGGAGCACACCGAUUGGAACUUGGUGCAGUUGCCGGAGAUUAAGAUUGCGGCGAUCGACAAUGGGCUGGCGUUCCCUUUCAAGCAUCCUGAUUCGUGGCGAGCUUAUCCCUACCACUGGGCUUGGUUGCCGCAGGCGAAGCAACCGUUCAGUCAGGACAUCAGGGAUCUGAUACUGCCCUCACUGUCCGAUCUGAACUUCGUCGAGGAGCUGUGCAACGAGCUGUACGAGCUGUUCCGGCAGGACAAGGGCUUCGAUCGGGGCCUGUUCGAGCGGCAGAUGUCUGUGAUGCGUGGUCAGAUACUGAAUCUAACACAAGCUUUAAAGGACGGCAAGAGCCCGGUACAGCUGGUCCAGAUGCCGGCCGUCAUCGUCGAGAGAUCAAAAGUGAACCCAGGAUCGUCGAGAUUUUUCUCAUUCCAGCAGCGCUUCCAAAACAAGAGCCCUUUCUUUUCGUGGUGCUAGACCGCGAAACGGGAGCCAAAGUCAGGCAAAAAUGGAAACAAAUAAAUAGUACCACAAACGAAAAAUUAGCCCCAAACUACUAGUACCCACACCAACACCCAGGCACCUCUCUCCGCACAGACGACCAUCUCACACACAAGUAGAGUUAAUAACGCCAAUAACCUGAUCUCUCGUGCCCUGUUCUCGAUCGAUUGGUGAAAAAGUAAGUCGCGACUCGCGAUCGUUCGAUAACUCGCUUUCGCGCACCAUGUGCCGGUGAUCUACACUAAUCGAAAUUCGUUAACCAUCGACCGGUGGCCACCGGCUUAGGGAAGAUGAAAGGUUUUAACCCAAAAGCUGCUGCUCUGACGAUCACCCUCGGAGGGACGGACGCAGCGUUUAGUAAACGAACACUUUUAUACACAUUGUUUGGCGGCGAGAUAUAAAAACAAAGUGCAGAUACAUAAUGGAACGCUAAUGGCAGGACAAGCGCGACGGUACAUAAACACACACACACACAUUACAUAAAUCUUCUAUAUAUAGGGAUAUUUAAAAUCAAAAAUCACCGCAAGGGGAAGCGUGAACAGUUCAGGGACAACGGUUCCAAAUAGGUGUGCAGAAUGCAAUGGUGAUCUGUUCGAAACGGAAAGGAACGAAAACCAUUAUCCUCAAACGGUCAAACGGGCGACAACAAAGACUUGUGGUGGCACAGUAGAGUUGAAUUUGUGAUGCUUCGUGAUGGGCAGGUUUCCUUUUUUCCCCGGAGGUGGUUGCUGCAGGGUUGGCGACUUAAAUCAAUCACUCAGCCCCGCAUGUAAAUUGUAGAGGAGUGUAUAGAGAAGAGUCCGCAAUUUGGUUCACGCGUUACGGCUGCUGACCGAACGGAGCGAACGGAAACGACCGAACCGCGGGGACCGGUUUCGCCCUGUGUGCGUGAAAUGAUUUUCAGUUUUCCUAAGUAGAUCUUAAGUAAACAACGAACAAUGUACCGUUACUGGCACCGGUUAGGCUCCGGGCGAGCAUUUGAGAAACGAAGGUGACGGAUAUAAUCGAUUGAUCACCCACUAGUCCCUUAUAUUAAACGCAAACAUGGUGUAUAGCCCCACGACCGAAGUAGCAGCGAGAUUCCUUCGCAACACAUGUCAAUCUAUCACUAUAGUUCUCCUACUUCCCAACUAAGCUCACCGCGGGGCUGUCGCGCAUCACCUACCAACCAUAACAGUGAGGUUGAUGAGGUUUGCGUUCGAUUUCCUCAAAUCUGCAAGUCACACGCAGGAUCGCAAGAUUGUGAUGGCAAACAGAGCGAAGCCCCAGGACCUCAUACGUGUCCUGUCAAUCUCUAUCACUUUUUCUGUCUCUUUUUAUCUUUACUUUCUCCAAACGGUGCAGCGUGCGGCCGCAAACCACCGUUGGCGGAUAGAUAGUAGGUAGUAACACAAACACAAAAGGAAAUUAAAUCGCGAAACGACCAAGUUGCAUAUUUUCCUAUCGGUUCGGUUCGGUUCGGAUGAAGUGUCUCGACAAGAGUUUAAAAAGUUGCCGCAACUUUGGCUCUAUUUUUGUUACUGUCCUAAUUUUUCGAACUCGUCUGUUUGGCGAGUACCCUUCGGUUUCUGUAACCUUAUUUGUAAAAUAUAAUUAAUGCUACUG